AUGAGUGACCUUGACAAAGCCAUCGCCCAAUUGCGGGCGUGCCGUCCAAUUCCAGAGUCCCAAGUUCGCGAACUUUGCCAUAAAGCGCGGGAGCUCCUGAUUGAGGAAGGAAAUGUGGUGACUGUUACAGCGCCGGUAACGAUAUGCGGCGACAUUCACGGACAGUUCCACGACCUCAUGGAGCUCUUCAGAGUGGGAGGUGAUCCGCCAGACACCAACUACCUGUUCAUGGGCGACUUUGUAGAUCGCGGUUUCUACUCUCUCGAAUCAUUCCUACUUCUCCUCUGCCUCAAAGUCCGCUAUCCCGACCGAAUGACUCUGAUCCGUGGCAAUCACGAGUCCCGCCAGAUAACGACAGUCUAUGGCUUUUACGAUGAAUGUCUACGAAAGUAUGGAAGCGCCAAUGUGUGGCGGUACUGCUGCGACGUCUUCGACUAUCUUGCCCUGGGCGCUAUCGUUCUUGGCGCAUCCAAUACUCUUUCUCCGCCAAACGAUGCUGUUUCGCGAGAUGUUUACGUCGAAGAAGACAUCGAAAUUGAAGUUUGUAAUGCAGACGGGGAUGUCAUGAGUCAAUUCCGCCGACAGCCUAAUGAUCGCAAGAGUCCGAAUGGAACAGCGGCAAAGACAGGCCCGCCAGGCUCAGGCGCAUCGGGGUCCAGUGGGGGAAGUACAGGCAAUUCAACAGGCGCAGUACUGUGCGUACAUGGUGGUCUCUCGCCACUCAUCGACACAGUCGAUAAGAUCCGCCUGUUGGACCGGAAACAAGAAGUCCCACACGAAGGCGCCAUGUGCGACCUACUCUGGUCCGACCCCGACGAAAUCGAUGGCUGGGGCUUGUCCCCACGCGGCGCAGGCUUUCUGUUUGGUCCUGAUAUUGUUAAGGUCUUCAAUCACAGGAACGACCUGUCGCUGAUCGCGCGCGCCCAUCAGCUCGUCAUGGAGGGAUUCAAGGAGAUGUUCGAAGCAAGCAUAGUGACGGUGUGGUCAGCACCCAAUUACUGCUACCGAUGCGGAAAUGUGGCUGCCGUCCUGGAGCUAUCCGAAGAUAAUGGAGAACAGAUUCUGGCACGCAGCAACGGCGAAUUCGGGCGAAGCGACGGAGGUGUUGCACGGGGUGUCAUGAUGGAAGGCGAGAAUGGACUUAAGAACGGCCCGGCCAGACGAUACCGCGUGUUCCAGGCUGCGCCACAGGAUUCACGAGGCAUGCCAGCGAAGAAGCCCGUUGCGGACUAUUUCCUGUAA